AUGGAGAAGCUUCAGCGGCUUAGCAAGGUCACCCAGAAGAGCGGAGACUCGGGUUCAGAUAGGGGUCCCCAGCGCCUGGGGUCCGAGACAGCACAUUCCGCUUUCCCCUUGCGAGCUCUGGAGACCCACAGAACCACAGAGUCGAAACGGCGGGCCUCAGGGAGACCACCUGCCCUGCUGGUAUUUCAGCCCCCUCGCUGUGCCUGCGAGGGGUGGGCGCACGCAUCCCUGGACGGGCCUCCGUGGCUCGGACUAAAGGCUACCUCCCUCCAGUUUUUCCGGGACAGGCUGGCUCUGGCCUUCUUCCUCUCGACAGCAUCUCGGAGCUCAAAUGAAAGCGCUCCUGUCAUCUUUCCAUCACUCUAUUUCAACCUAGUCAUCCCCAGCUUCUUCUACUUUUUCAUCUAUGACUGA